UUUAAGCAGCAGAACACGUUUUUAUAAUUAAGCCAAACAAAACUGCAAAAACUGUUUGAUAGAGGUAGAACUAGAAAGAGGUAGACUAUCACUUUUUAUAACAUUCUGUUAUUCAUUCUUCCAGAAACUUUACAUUGAAAUUCAAAAAUGUCCACACGCUCCUGGCUGAGGCUGGCUCUCUUUCUGCAAGCUUUGUUGCCUACAGCAGAGAAGAGGCGCUCAGAUGGUAUUGAGGCACUUGGGAUGUAUAAGUAGGAUUUUGCCAAUUUCACCAAGUUGUCUGAGGUGGAUUAAGUAAUGCUCCUCCGCCUUUAUGCCAUGGUGAUCUCAUACCUGUGUGCCAUCAGUGCUGCCCCCUUCCAGAUCCAGGAUACCGACCGGGAUUAUGGCCCUGAAAAUCCCUCUCAUAGCUCAGAGCAACAUAGUACACUCUACAACUACAGCCAGGGGUUAUUGGAGGGGGACUUUUUAGACUUAGCUUCUACAUACCCUGACUUGGCUGGUAAAGAAUGGAACCACUAUUCUCCUAGAGUUGCCUUAUCCAGCCAAGAACCUUCAGGCCCUCCUCUCCUUUUCUUGGCAGAUGAACCAGUUACACAUUCAGAAGCAGCCAACAGAACUUCUAGGGUGAAACGGGCACAAGGGUCAGAAUCAAUCAGCCAUUCUCGGAGAGGGGAGCUGUCUGUAUGUGACAGCGUAAACAACUGGGUGACUGAUAAGAGAACAGCAAUAGAUAUUAAAGGUAAGACCGUGACUGUUCUCUCGGAAGUACAGACCCUCACAGGACCCUUGAAACAGUACUUCUUUGAAACCAAGUGCAAUCCUUCUGGUGGAACAACAAAUGGCUGUCGGGGUGUAGACAAAAGACAUUGGACUUCAGAGUGCAAACCAAAGCAGUCAUUUGUACGGGCUUUAACUAUGGACAGUGACAAGCUGGUGGGGUGGCGCUGGAUUCGGAUCGAUACAGCAUGUGUCUGUACCCUGUUAAGCCGCACAGGGAGGACGUAAAAAAAGAGGGAAGGCUCAUUGUAUUUCUUCUGGCAUUACUGGUCUUGGGGAAAGUGGAAAUAGCUUUUGGUUUUAUAAGCUGUUUACAAUAUGACUAAAUUUCCUCACUCAAACAUUCCAAGUUUGCAAGAUGCAAAAAUCGAGAACCAAUGACUGCCAGAAGUAAUUUUACAUUACAAAGAUGAACGUACAAAACUGGAUACAAGUGAACAAUAUACAGUUCUCAUACUGAGAGUGUAAAAGGAUAUUUUCACUAAGAAGUGCUCACUAUAUUUAGUGCCUUUUCACUUGGAAUUUGCACAGUUCCAUUAUCAAUAAAAUGCUAAUUAUAUGUAACGAAAAACAACCACUUAGCAUGGGCUCACCUGUAUUUUCAGGAGUAGUGUGAAACUGCAAAUGUGACCAUGCUAGGCAAAGGAAAUCGGAAUUGACGUUCAUUAUGACUUUUUUUUUUUUUCAUUUUAUUAUUUAAUGUGAAGAAGGACCCUGCUAUAUAUAUAUAUAUAUAUAUAUAUAUAUAUAUAUAUA